GGGGGAAAGGUCAGGGCAGGUCCGGUGAUGGCGGCGCUCAGGGAGCCAUCCCGGCGGAUAAAACCGUCUCCGUGAGGGGCAGGAGGGCGAGAUGGUGCGCGCCCGGCGCUGCGGCUGAACCUCCCCUCGCUCGCUCUCUUUCCCCCUCGGUCCCAAUGAGCGCCGCCUACGAGCUGCUGUGGCGCCUGCUCCACGUCCUCCUCAGCCUCCAGCGCGCGCUGGCCGCCUGGCUGCGCGCGUGCUUCUUCCGAGGGAGGCGCGGCCGUUGGCGGUGGCGCGCGGCCUCAGCCUUCUCGCGAGCGCUCCUGGCCCCGGCGGCAGCAGCAGUAGCCAACGGUCCCUUCGCCUUCCGCAGGCCGGGCGCGGCGGGGAGGAAGGCGGCGGCGGCGGCGGCCCUCGGUGGCGCCGGGGCCCGCGCUAGGAAGGAUGCCAAGUCUCUGCAGAAGCUGCCGGGCCACGUGGGGCUGGUGGUGGCCGAGGAGGAGCAGAGCUACGCGGACGUGGCCGGCCUGGUAGUGUGGUGCAUGGCCGUGGGCAUCUCCUACGUCAGCGUCUACGACCACGACGGUAUUUUCAAAAGAAAUAAUUCAAAGUUGAUGGAUGAAAUCCUCAAACAGCAGCAAGAGUUGUUAAAUUUGGACUGUUCCAAAUACCCAGUGAAAUUUGCAAAUCAAGAUGAAACAGAUCAAGUUUUAAAAUGCCAAUCUACACUGAACGUACUGUCUUCAGAGGACGGAAAAACAGAUAUAGUAAGAGCCGCUCAGAAAUUUUGCCACUUAGUAGCACAAAAGCAAAAAAAAUGCACAGACUUGGAUAUGAAUGUCUUGGAGAACCUAUUAAGUAGUACAAAUGGCUUUCCUGACCCAGACUUGAUACUGAAGUUUGGACCUGUGGACAGUGUGUUGGGAUUUCUUCCCUGGCAGAUCAGAUUGACGGAGAUUGUUUCUUUGCCUUCACAUGUGAACGUCAGCUAUGAAGAAUUCUUUUCUGCCCUCUGUCACUAUGCAGACUGUGAUCAGCGUGUAGGAAAAUGAUUUCUUACAGAAUAUUAUCAGGAUUUCCAUGGAAAGGACCCAGUGUCUCUGUUUACAAAUUCCUGUAAUGCAUACAAGUCCAGUACAUAGUCUCUUAAUUUAUCAAAUUCAAUAAAGUGUCUUACCUUUUUAGAAUUUGUAUGUGUGUGUACUCAUGUGGAGGUGUGGGAAAGGAAUGGUUUGCUACUGUGGCACAUGGCAUACCAUAAAUGUUAUAAGACAUCUGCUUAUAGGCUUCAAGGCCUUUAUUUCUUUCAGUGACCAAAUCCUUGAUAUAAUGAAUACUCUUAGUAUGAAGGAACCAAUCAAACUAGCACUACAAUCAAGAGGGGUAACAUGAGACUUUGUAAAUCCCAUUUCAGAGUCUACUGUCACAUUGUUAUAAUUUCUGUCUCCUUGUGUCUUUGUAUUGUUCAGUUUCUGGGAAUGUACAGGUUUGAUUAUGCUCAGUGGCAUCUGAAAAUGCACGUCAAGUUUGGGGAGGUAUAUUCAAAAAUGGAAUUAAUGUUGCAGCUUGGAAAGAAUAUAAAUGUAAAGCUCAGUUGAGCCAUUUCUGGAAUGGGGAAGUGCUCUUCGUUUUGAUUACAGGUUAAAUCUGUUUUGAAAUAAGUGAUUGGUUGUACAUUUUACAGCGACAGUCCUCCUUUCCUUUUAGGGGUGCCUAGGUUUAACUGGUAGUUGGAGAGUUGUGUAAAAACUUCAGCAGAAGUGGGUGGAUGUUGGAUUUGAUCAUCAUGUGAUGGAUAAGGUGAACAUGAACUGUAAUGUACUUCUGUAUAUUGUAGUGUUUGUUUUAGAAUCAUAUAUAACCUCAGAUUGUCAGGUAAAUAAGACAUAAAGCUUUCCCUUUUUCAAAAAAGAUUUUGAUUCCAUUUUGAUUAUAUCGGAAGUCCACUAUGAUGUUUUCAUUUUAAGCAAGUACAUUAGUAAAUGUAUUGUGAGGGAAUCUGAUACAAGUACGUUUUGUUUGUGUUUGAAUGCACAUAGCAGCAAAGGGAGUUGUAAUAUUAAGUAUGCACUGAUGACUGUUGUAAUUUUGAAAUCCUCAGCCAUAUAUAAUCUGCAUAAAUGAUUGUGUCAUUUGUAUGACAGUAUGAUUACACUGCCCAAUUGUAUGACAGUGACAAUGUGAUAACACCGCCCAAUUAUAAAACAAGCAUAUAAAAAAUAAAUGUCAUGCACUGUUUCUCCCCCUGUAAAUGAACUUUCUGCAGCUCUUUUUUAAGGGCUGAUUAAAGUAUGUGGUAUAUUACCUUUCUCCAGAAGAUUUGUCCUAAUUUUGUGUCCCUAGAUUUUAUUGGAAAGCUUUCCAAACAUAUGAUUCCUCAGUAUUCCUUUUGAGUGAUAUAUUUUCUUAACUCUGGCAAAGCCAGUUUCUUGUUUUUGUUUUGAUUUAAAGGGAACUAAAACAUAAAUAUAUUUUGUAAAUGACUUUAUAAAUACCACAAAUUAGCAGAGUAAAAUGUGAUGUAUUAUAUACUAUAGCUAAGCAGUAUUGUUUUCUUUUUUAAGUAUCAAUUUGAAAUCCGUUCAAAGAGCCUGUAAUAAUAAUGUGAACCGAUUUCACGUUGCUUGUUUUUGAGGAAAGAAUACCUUCUGCUGUGACCUGAUGGUGUAAAGAUGCAUCACAAUAAUAUUUUCAUUAAUUGAAAUGCCAGGAAAUUUCAUCUGCUUGGGUUGUAGCCCUAAAGUUUCUGCUAUGGAGUUAAUGAACAUGUCCAUUUUGUUUAAAGAUUGCCUAAACUAGUAUGUAUUCUUUUAAAAGUCAUUUGAAACUUCCUCCUUUUGUUAUAGGAACCAAGUUUAGAGUGUAUCCUGAAAGAGGGAUACUCAGCGUUAAGCAUGUUUGUGAAAGUAUCUCAAGAGAACAUUAACUGAACUCCAGAACCAUUUGCUUACCACAGCAAUCCUGAUAUAGCAGAUGGUGAGAAUUAUUAUAGGAAGGAUCCUGUUAUAUUUUUCUACUUGUCAUUUCUUUCCCCUGCUUAUAUUGAUCUGCUGCAAAUUGCCAAAGAAUAUUUGCAAAACAAUCCGUAGUUGCUCCCCUGUUGUGACAUACCUUGCUGAAAAACUACCUUCUAUACUAGGCUCAAGAACUUAACAUGAAAUUAGCUGUGCCAAAAACAGUGUGCAUAUCCACAAUUUGUUCUUUGAAUGUAUGUCAUUGCAGUAAGCCCUCCCCUCCUAGUCUUGUCUUGUGAGAAGGUAUAGUUUGCAGCAGUGACAUUCUGUAUAUCUUUGGAUACCUGUAAAUAAUAUGUAAAGCAAGUUUUUAUGAUGAAGAAAUUGACUUACUGGGUUUCAUUACUGAGUAAAAUCUGAAGCUGUAAAACAAAUAAAUAUAUCUUUCUACAGGUA